AAAAAGUGGGCUGUUAAGCCUUUUAUUGAGGUGGCUCGUGGUGUGUCUUCCAGCGUGGACCGCAAGAAUAACGUGCACUACCUGAUCAAGUGGCGGGAGCUGGCGUACGACCAGGCCACAUGGGAGGCGGAUGACAUGGACGUUCCAGAGUUUGACACCUUCAAGCUGCAGUACUGGAACCACAGAGAACUGAUGAUGGGUGACGAUGGCAAACCCGGAAAGAAGAUCAAGGUGAAAGGACGUGUCAAGCGUCUGGACAGACCGCCAGAGAACCCCGUCGUUGAUGUAGGCACACUUUGGAUAUUAUGUGUAGAUCUCAAUAUGUUUCCAUUUAUAAGCAUGAACAAGCAUGACGAGUGACUUUUUAAAGAGUUA